UUCAGCAAGAGCUCGUGCUGCAUGAGCCAUGCAAUCAAGAGACUGUUUUACGAGCAGGGUGUGAGUCCGGCGAUCUACGAGCUGGACCAGGACUCGAGAGGGAAAGAAAUGGAGCGUGCAUUGAUUAGGUUGGGCUGCAACCCUGCUGUUCCGGCUGUCUUUAUUGGCGGAAAGUUUAUAGGCUGUGCCAACACCAUCAUGACUCUUCAGCUCAAUGGCUCCUUGAAAAGGUUACUCAAAGAAGCAGGAGCUAUAUGGCUUUAAUCAGAACUUAACCCACCACUCAGCUCUAUAUCUGUAAUUUACAUACACACAUAUAUACAUAUAUAUAUAUAUAUAUGUCUGGUGAUAAAAUGUAUACACUAAAAUUUAAGCUUUAAAUAAGGUCAAAGUAUCUGAGAAGUAAUGUCCAGGCUUCUUUUGUAA